GGGGUUGGGACAUUCCUGGUUUGACGACCAGCCUCGGCUCUGCCAUGAUUUGCUGAGCAACUCGACACUGCCUUCAAAGAUGCGAGUGUUUGAGACGGAGAAGUUACAAUAACGGGACAGACAGACACAGACAGACACAGACAGAGAGAGAGUGUUUGUGUGUUUGAGAGGGAGAGACUGUCUGUGAACGCAACACGCUGGGACUUCUUUUUUUUACAAUCCAAACGCACGGACUCCAAACUUCCCCUGGAGAAAACUCUCCGGUGGAGACCAGAGGGGGAAGUCGUCGCACCUUGGCCCCAGAAGCCUGCGCUGCUCUGCGGCUCUCGAUAACUCUCGCCACCCCCUUCUCUCCUCUCCUCCACCACCACCGGCUGAUUUCAUGUCCCCGCCGUCGCCUCGCACUUUUAGCCCGUGUCUAAUGGAGGGCCCGGUGCGGAUUUGCCACCAGAAGAAUGCGUCUUGCUCCUAACUCAGCCGAGGACUCGCAGCGUUUACUCUCCUGCUGCACGAGAGGUUUGCCGAACAGACGGAAGUGUACGUGCUGGACGACACGGCUGCUGACAGGGGUCAAAGUGCACCAUGGACAGUGGCCUAAGGGUCCUCCUGUCCACUUUGCUGUGUCUCAGCCAGACUCUGCUUAUCAGCUGCUCAUCUCAGUAUCCGUCUUUCAGCUCUGAGCCGUCCUCCCUGGUUCAGAACCGAGGCUCCGCUGCUCGCCUGCGCUGCUCGGCGAAUCCCCCGUCGGCCACGGUGUCCUGGCGCUUUCAAGGCCUUCUCCUGGAGCGGGACACUCUGCAGCCCGGCGUGCAGCUCAGCGGAGACUCACUCAUCAUCUCCUCGCUACAGUCCAGCCACGCAGGCGUCUAUCAGUGUGUGGCACGCUUACAACAUGGGCCGGCCGUCGUCAGUCGCCUCGCGCGUGUGGACGUAGCAGAGAUCUCGCAAUAUGAAGAUGGCCGGCGGCGGUCGUUGUCGGUGCAGGAAGGCAGCACGGCUCUUAUAGAGUGUCCUCUACCGCACAGUGUCCCUCCAGCGCUGCCCAGACUAAGAGUACGAGGGGAGUGGAUGGACACGUCAACAGAUGACUAUUUAGUUCUCCCGUCUGGAAACCUUCAGAUUAUCUCCGUGUCGGCCCAGCACCAGGGCAUGUACAAAUGCGGCGCAGUCAACCACGUCACCGGGGAAACCGUCAUGCAGUCUCACGGUACCAAGCUGCUGGUAAAACAUUUAGUCGCCUCCUCCUCGGUGCGGAUAGUUUAUCCCACUGCUCCGACGACCGUCGAGGCGCCGCAGUCCGAGCCGCUGACGCUGGAGUGCGUCGUGUCUGGCGUUCCCACACUGCCGGCCAAAUGGUUUAAGAACGGGCAGCAGGUGACGCCGGGGCCGUCACACCAACAGCGGCACAACAACCUGGUCUUUGAUGCGGUGACCAACGGCGACGAGGGGAGUUACAACUGUGCGGCUGAGACCAAGCAGGGGAUUGUGACGAGCGCAAAAUACACUGUGAAUGUUCUUGAGCCUGUGUCUGUCGUGAAGGGCCUGAACGACCAGCUCGUCUCCGCUGGCUCCUCUGCUUCUUUCACCUGCUUAUCGAAAGGAAAACCCUCCCCAAACGUCACGUGGCUCUUCAACGCUGAUCCCAUCACGCCAUCGCGCCGCUUUCGGCUCUCCGAGUCCUCGCUUGUCAUCACAGACGUGACACCACAGGAUGUAGGCGUGUAUCAGUGUCUGCUGGACAACGGGAUUAGCUCGGCACAGUCGUGCGGAAUGCUAACAACACAGCCAGAUCCACACUUGGACUCCACCACUGCUGCUGUGCUGCUGGAGCCUUCACCGUCCUCCCAUCCCAUGCAAAGCGACGAGGGCCACGACGGAGGCGACGGCGACACCGUCGACACGGCGCCUGGUCGCAGCGGCGACCGUCCGACUCCCGAGGCGCCGAUCAUCAUCAGCCCGCCGCAGACUCACAAGCCUGACAUGUACGAUCUUGAGUGGAGGGCGGGGCGCGACGGCGGCAGUCCAAUCGUCGCCUAUUUUGUCAAAUACCGUAAGGUCGAUGAAAUGGGAACAGUGGUGGGGAGCUGGCACACCGUCCGCGUCCCUGGCAGCGAGAAGACCCUGCGGCUGUCGGAGCUCGAGCCCUCCAGUCUCUACGAGGUGCUGAUGGUGGCUCGGAGUACGGCAGGCGAAGGCCAGCCAGCCAUGCUCACGUUCCGCACGGGCAAGGAGAAGAGCACCUCCUCCAACAAGAACCCUUCCAAGCCUCCCGUCGUCUUGAUGCCCCCCAAAGCUCCGGAGGACAAAAGCCCCAACACGCACUUUGGAGUCAUCAUACACGACCGAGUUCCCGAGGCCCCCGAUCGGCCGACCAUCUCCAUGGCAACUGAGAGUUCGGUCUACGUCACCUGGAUCCCGAGAGCCAACGGCGGCUCUCCGAUCACGGCCUUCCGCGUUGAGUACAGACGUGGCCGCGUGGCAGAUUGGAUCGUGGCUGCAGAUAAUAUCUCUCCUCUCAAACUGUCGGUGGAAGUUCGUAAUCUGGAGCCUGGCUCCACCUACAAGUUCCGCGUGAUGGCCGUGAACAUGUACGGCGAGAGUCCUCACAGCAUUCCCUCCAAGCUUUACCAGGUGCCACAGGCCAGCCCGCGCAUGUCGGACCGCCCCGUGGUCGGACCCCACAUCUCGUCCACGGACGCCAUCAGCGACACACAGAUCAUGCUGCGCUGGACUGUGCGUACACCAUUGACACACACCACGCACACGUAUAGUCCCUCGAGUAACAACAACACUCCGAUCCAAGGUUUCUACAUUUACUACCGGCCCACCGACAGCGACAAUGACAGCGACUACAAAAGAGAUCUGGUCGAAGGUGUAAAGCACUGGCACCUGAUCGGACACCUACAGCCCGAGACCUCCUACGACAUCAAGAUGCAGUGCUUCAACGACGGCGGCGAGAGCGAAUACAGCAACGUCAUGAUCUGCGAGACGAAAGCGCGUCAGUCCCCCGGGUCGCCCAGUCAGCAUCCCAUCACCCCACCUGGCCCUCAUCCACCGGAGCCGCCCAGUCCUCCCGGAGGCCUCCUGUACCUAAUCGUGGGCUGCGUUUUGGGAGUGAUGGUGCUCAUCCUGCUGGCUUUCAUCGCCAUGUGCCUGUGGAGGAAUCGCCAGCAGCACAACAUGCACAAGUACAACCCUCCCGGCUACCUGCAGCAGCCAACAGAGAUGAACGGUCACGUUCUUGAAUACACCACUCUACCCGGGGGCCCGGGCCGCAUCAACGGCGGUGUCCACGGAGGCUACGGCCACAACGGCCCCAUGUUACCCCAAGGGUGCCACCACCUCCACCACAAACUCCCCAACGGUUUGACGCUGCUCAACGGCACCAGUGGCCUGUUCUCGCCCGGCCACCCACACGGUCACGACGGCACGCUGCCCCACACCGUGCGGGACUGCGAGCACUCGCACCCUCACCACCACCACAGUAAUGGUGGAGGCAUGUACACAGCUCUUCCUCAAACCGAGUCUCCUGACUGCAUGAGCUGUCAGAACUUCUGCAAUAACAACAGCAGAUGUUACAACAAGACCAACGGCACUUUCUCCAGUGGCACUCUGCCGCUAAUGCAUCGCGUGGCGCCGUGCCAGCAGGACGGGCUGGAGAUGGUGCCUCUCGGCCAGGUUUCGUCCCGGUGCCAGGGCCCCAACGGCCAAAUGAGCUGUGGAGACCAGGAGGACGAUGGAGGCUACCAGGCACUGGAGCACGGGGAGUCCUCGCCCUCCCAGCAUUCCUGCUGUCUGGUCGGGAGCAAUGAAAACUGUCCGGCAGACAACAACGCGGAGGAGGAGCUGGAGUGUGUGGACAUGGAUGGGCCUGUGCUGUGCUGGGAGAGUCUGGGACUGCCAGACUUGGACUGUGACGAAAAGCACGGGUGGAUCUCGAGCAGCAGCCUGGUAGGAGAGCUGAUCCAGCCCGGCCCACAGGAGGUGUGAGCGCAGCGGGCCCACACACACAAACAUGCUCCCCUGCAGCGCGGAGACAGACCGAGAGAAAUAUAUAUCGCCGUGGAAGUAUCACAGUGGAAGGACGAGAGAGGAGCGGGCGACACAGGAUAGUCAGAGACACUGCACGUUGCAACGGUGACGAGGACCGAAAACCGUGGAUGGACUGAGCUGAGACGAGCGACGUGGGGAAAAAGACAGUGACGACAUGAGACUGAGAGCAAAGCCAGAUGGAAGGAACAAGGCAGAGACUCAAACCCCCCACUGGAGGAAAAGACUCUCAUAAAAGAAACGAAAAAAACAAACUCUUUAGAUGACUUAUUUAUUUUUUUGUAGUAGUAAAAUAUUAUUUCAUAUGAAUGUAUCUGUUUCAAAGAAAAAAAGUUUGUCUUUUAUAUUAUUUAUGCCUUUUCGGAUGAGAAAUACUUUUUAUUUUUUGUUGUUCUGACCUUCUGUUCCCCACUCAGACGUGGAGAUUAGCAAUUGUCUGUGUAAAGUUUUGUAAUAAUAUAAAGAGAAGAUAUGGAAGAGUAAACGA